AACGCAUAACGUUUUUGCUGUUAACGAGUUUAUACUCCAGACUCCACAAGGAAACUCGGCAGCAGUGUGUAUUUUUUUACUCGUUAAAAAAAUUUCAUUAACAAAAUGAAAUUUUUGUGGCUAUUGUUUUUGGCCUUGAGUGCCUUGUUGUUAAUACAAACAGCUAAUGCAGAAGUUGAAGUACAAAGUGCUGUUCUAGAUAAUGAUGAUGAAAAAGUCAUUGAAAAUAAACUUCUUCACGAGGUGGAAACCAAAAAUGAUACGUUAUUAGAUGAUGCCGAGGAACAAGCGGAAGAUGACGAAGAUGCAGAAACUGAAGAAGUUACUGUCAAUGGUGAUGAUGAGAAUGACAAUGAAAACGACAGUAUGCAGGAAACGGAAAAAUCUGUCAGUGAUGACGAUGAAGCCGAUGAAAACGAUAAUAUGCAAGAGGAAGAAGAAAAGUCUGCUGAUGUUUUAGACAAUGACAAAAAAACCGAAGAGGAAAAGUCAGCUAUAGAGGAAGUUAUAGCCAAGGAAGAUAUUGCUGUUUUUAAAGAACAGCCAGAAAUGCAACGUUUAGCUCGCAGCUUGAGAAGCUUCCACAAUGCCAACGUUUUAGCCAGAAGUAAUAACGUACGUCAAUUCCAAAACUUAGACGAUGAUGAAGAAGAGGAUGCUAUUGCAGAAGAGCGUGCUAUACGCAGACGACAACGUGUACGCAGGCGCAAGACUAAGAACAAGAUCAAACGUACUAAUCGCAAUAAGCAUGUUGCUAAUCGCAGAAAAUCAACCCAUCGUAAUUCGAAAAACAAACAUUCGCUAAGACGAAAAUCUUCCCAAAAAUCAAAAGUAAAAAAUACCAGAAAAAACCGUCGCACUCAGAGCAACAAACGCAGAAAUAGCAAUCGUAGAAAAACAAGGCGCAGUGGAGUAAGACGUCGCAGCAACAACCGUAAUCGCAGAUCAGGCAACCAUAGGCGUGGUUACCGUUCUGCCAAACGCAAUUUACGUACCAGAAAUAGUCGCAAACGUCGCCGUUCCAACAAGAAGAGAAACAGUCAACGCGAUAGCAAUAAGCCUCGCAAGUCAGAAGACGAGGAAAUGUUAAUGGCCAACGAUGACAAGAAACCAGAAAACCAAAUGGUUGAACUUUCCGCUCAAUCCAAUCAGGAAGCCGUACAGCCAGCUGAGGUUACACAGCAGUAAGGAAUAUCCUUUAAAUUUUAGCACCUAGUUUA